AUGAAUGUGCUACCUCAACUUAAAAGUGGUAUCAAGGUGGAGGUCAGAAAUGGGCUAUCAUCUAAAAUCCUUGAUCAUAAUUGGGCUGGGAUUGGUGAACUUACUGUGAAGGAUAGGAUUGGUGGGAGGGGUAUACGGGUGAAAGACUUGAUUGCAGAAGGAAAUAGGCAAUGGAAUGAGGAAGCACUGAAGCUGUUUAUUGGAGAGGCGGAUUGUAAAAGAAUACUGAAAAUCAACUCAGUAGAUCCUGAAUCUCAAGACAAAUUUUUGUGGACCUUUGACACCAAAGGGAGAUUUUCAGUAAUGAUUAUUGAGAAGAGCCAUGCAUUGGCAAAACCUGAAUGUAGUAGAGCAGUGAAGAUGAACAAAAGGGCAAGGUUGAGGUGUUGGCGGAUUAGGGCUAAAGGAAAGAUAAAACAUUUUAUAUGGAAAUGCUUUUCUGGGAUUCUUCCUGUCAGCUGCAAUGUUGUGAAGGGAGGUGUUCAGGUGGAUGUCAGAUCCUGGGGAUGUGGUGAUGAGAAGGAAACUGCAAAAUCGCACCAAGUGUACGAUUCUCCAUGUUCAUCUUCUGAUUUGUAG